AUGUCCAUUCCCUUAAGGAAGAGUUCGAACGCUCGUGAACCAGAGUCAGCGCCUCGAAUAAUCAAGCUUCCACGCCAUCGUCUCCGCUCUGUCGCUUCGACCCUCAGAUCCCUCCACCGUCUCCCAUGUCCACCUCCUCUCCCAACCCACCUUCUCACGGUCGUCUGCAUAUCAGACACACACUGCACGCAUCCGCCCAUCCCACCCGGUGACCUCCUCCUUCACGCUGGAGACCUAAGCAAAUGGGGUACAUUUUCCGAGAUACAAGCUCAGCUCACAUGGCUAUCGGAACAGCCACACAAGUACAAGGUCGUUAUAGCUGGAAACCACGAUCUACUCCUCGACCCCGAGUUCAAAGAACAGCAUCCAGAGAGGUGGCGAGAGGCUGCGCAAGCGGCAUCUGAUGAUAAGCACAUCGACUAUAUUGAUCGUCCAGCCGCCCAUCUCGAUUGGGGAAACGUGAUAUACCUCCAGGAUUCGUCCGUCACCCUGUUGUUUCAUGGGGAUCGCAGCCUUAGGAUCUAUGGCUCACCGCUCACUCCUCGGUAUGGCCUCUCCCUAUAA